GGCUUGUGAGUGGCGUGCAGUGUGGGACUAUCACAUGACUCACCAUUGCGUUGUUGCUUCAUAAGUUCAUUCCACGCUGUAAGCUGAGAGCACAGUCACCUCCCAGCUGCUGCCCGGCGCCCUGUCAUGCCUGCCCGAUGGCCGUCAACCUCGCUUAUAUCUGUACAGAACACAAGAUCGUGAUGGUGGGUCUGGACAACGCAGGCAAGACCACCAUCCUGUACCAGCUGCUGAUGAAUGAGGUGGUGCACACGUCCCCCACCAUAGGCAGCAAUGUGGAGGAGGUGGUGUGGAAGAACCUGCACUUCAUCAUGUGGGAUUUGGGUGGGCAGGAGUCCCUCAGAUCUGCCUGGAACACUUACUACACAAACACUGAGUUCGUCAUCCUGGUGAUAGACUCCACAGACCGGGAACGGCUGAGCAUCACAAGGGAGGAGCUGUACAAGAUGCUGGCCCAUGAGGAGCUGUCCAGGGCAGCUGUGCUCAUCUAUGCCAACAAGCAAGAUGUGAAAGGUUCCAUGAGUGCUGCUGAGAUCUCCCGGCUACUCAAUCUCACCUCUGUCAAGAAGCACCGGUGGCAGAUCCAGGGUUGCUGUGCGCUGACUGGAGAGGGGUUGUAUCAAGGCUUGGAGUGGAUUGGCAGCACUUUAAAAAGCAAAUGACGAAGCUACAAUCCGGUAGUCAGCAGUGUUGGCCGUCAGCUGUGAUGGUGCUGGAGUGUGUGCAGUGUGUGUUUGUAUGAGUGGCUGUCUGUGUUUAUUGCAGACUCACACUUGUGCUUAAGUUAUUUGAACCAUGACGAUAAAUGAGCCUGUGUGUGUGUGUGUGUGUGUGUGUGUGCUUGUGUGUGUGUGUGAGGCUUUGGUGAGUCUAGUGCUGUAAUGUAAUGUAAUAUAAGUUUUAUGUAAUUGAAAAUCAUCUUCAGGUUUUUAUACCAUUGUGUAUGUGUGUGUGUGCAUGCGUGUGUGUGCUGUUUCAUUCAGUGCAGUAGCCUUGUUUACACAGGUGAGUGUGUUUGUGCGUGUGUGUGAGGGUGAAAGAAAAACAUAUAUACUCUCAAGUUUUUCAUCCAAACUUGAGGAGAGUUACGAAUGAAUGAGUGAGUGAGUCCUUCCAUUUUUUUCCUCAUGGUUCCGUUGAUGUCUUUGGCAGUUUAUUGAUACAUUACUUUAGAUCCCAUUUAGCUUCGUUUUUUAGUGUUUCGUUGUAAUCAUGAGAGUAGCAGUAGCAGCACACCAUCAGCAUUCUUUGCAUAAUGUCAUCCUUACACAAGUUUCUCAUUUCAGCGUUGGUUUUCAGUCGUUCAUUGAGUCAUCAUCAUUGUCUUUUAUAAGGUCACUGGGACGAGAUGUGAUUGUUUUUAAGUGUGUUGAGUCGAGUAUUGUCGUGAUUAGUCGGUCAUAAGAAGGUUGCACUACAUGAAGAUCAGCCACCCUAGGUCUUUUUGGUGAGGUUAGGCUAAGUUAUGUAUCUUUUCUCCUAUCGUAUCUAUAUCUAUCCUAUCUAUAUCCUAUAAUAUAUUUUCCUGUCUCCAUUUCUUUGUUUUGCAGUUAACCAAAUUUAAUUUAACCCAUCUUGACAUGACCAACAUAACCUAACCCAUCCUACUCAUAACUUAUCUCUUUAUGAUCCUAUACUGCAGGCUAACAGCAAUUUUCAUCCAUUUAGGCUCACCAGGUAUUUGAUUCAAGAGAAUUAGCAUGACAUUUACUUGUGCCACAAACCUAAGGAGAAUUGUGCUUAUUUUGUCGUCAUAUUUUCUGGUGCCACAAACUUGCUUUCCUUCUUGAGUCGAGUUUCAGUUUUGGAUGUGUGCCAAAGUUAUUGUACUUUGAGGUGUGGUGUGACCUGGGAUUGCCUGUGUUUGAGUAUCUUAGCAAUUGGUCACACAUUUCACCAUCUUUCCUCCUGCUGACACCACGCUGGUGCUCCACAAAGGCAUAGUUUCAUAUUCCUAAAUGUUGUCUUUACCACCUUCACUUUCUAGGCUCUAGUGGAAAUAAUUCAGAAUUUUAAGGAUGUUUCCAUGAUGCCAGUGAUAGUUUAAGGAUUAUGACUAUCAAAGGAAAGAAACAUCCAUAAAAAACAUUUAGUCAUCUCUGUGGCCUUUGGAAAUAAUUGUAAUGAGAGAACCAUACAUUUAAGAAUGUGGGGCAUAAUAAGACUAUUCAUUGCGUUGGGUCACCUUUGAAUGUUUCGUAAUAUCUGUGUAUAUUCGUUUAUAUCUCGCAUCACCACCACUCAUAACUCAGGACUGUUGCUUGCUCUUGUGCUGACUAUCUUGUGGAGUGCACUGGAUAGAUAAGUCAGUCAUUAGUUUUCCUUGGACACACAGCCUUCUGGUGUUGAAAUAUAUGUAAGUUAUCUCCAGUGUGUUAUUCCAGCUUUAUUUCAUGUUUAAAAUGAACCAAAAUAAUUUACUAGAUUUACAAACAUCAAAACAUGAGAACCAUCCUUUCAUGUUGAGCCUGACUAACUUAUCUGGCCUAACAUAGAUCUCUCUCUGUUCCUGUGUGUCUAGGUAGAUGGGUCAAGGGUUCAGGUCCAAGGGAAAGGGAAGUAACCUGUGACACAUUCCAUUAAUUCCUUGUUAGCUGUUGUGUGAGUUGAAGGAGGUGCUCUUGUUAUAGUCAUGUGUAUUAAACCUCUCUCUCCCAUCGCUCAGUUUCCCAGUAUUUUAAGUCCCUCUGCUGGUAGUCUUGUCUUACGGAGUAUUAGCAGACGAGACAACUUAAAGGUGAAUAUUGAGAGCAUGGGAAGCAUUGCAGGUUGGUUUACUCUUGACUAUGGCCUUACCUCUGCUUGGUCUGUGUGUUGAGACAGUUGGACAUUGCUUUUUUAGUCUCCAGUUUGCCCCUUUAGUGUGUGUGUGUGUGUGUGUGUGUGUUCCAGAGUGACCACAGGUGGGCCACUCCUUGCUUCCCAAAUUAUCUUAACUGUUGUUCACAUUGUCCAUAAUAUGAAAAAGAAAUGAAAAUAUCUUCCCAUUCUUACUGUUGGUGAAGUACUUUAGUGUGUGUGAAGCAUAAACGGCAAUAACUUGUCUACUUGCCUCACGUUUCAUUACCAAUGCAGCCUUGAGAGAAAUUUUGAGUUAGUCAUGAUGUCUUUUAUUGCUACUCUAGUCAGUUAGAACAAAGUCAAUAGUUGUCGUGUUUGUGCUAAUUUUCGGGGAUGAGAGAGUUGAAUACACGCUGCUAAGGCUGACGGGUGAGUCACUUCUCUGUGAAUUCCACCCUAAGGAAAUUUUCUCCAUGAAUAAUCCACUUCAAAUAUUUCAAUCAAGAUAAUAUUCUCCUUAACCUAACUUUUGCAAGGGGUAACUUACUUUUGGAGAAGUCUUGGGUGGAAUUUUCAAAGAGGAACUUUUCAGUGGGUAGAAAAUGUACAGUCUACAGGCUAGGCAUAUGUAGUGUGUACAGUGUGUUGGACUGAGGGGCAUGUGUGGCGCCAGACAGUGUGUGUGCUGGUUCCUGGAUCCCGAGGCUUAGUGAACAGUGAUAGUGCUAGUGAGGGCGGCCAUGCGUAACCUUGGAUAUCAUGGUACUGGACAUUGAAGGAGCCAUUUUCUAGUACAACACGUGCAAUAUUUACCUGGAUGAUUGCUGCUGAAUGAAGGAAUCUGUUGGCUUUCCCCUAUAGUGAAGGUUAUUUAUUUUUGUUACUGAAUCAAGCAUCACUUAAAAACUUCUUGUGUUACCUCAUGACACAUGUAACAUGGCCAGCUAGUGUGUCAUGAUGCAAGAAUAGGAGGUUGUUCUGUGGCACUUUUCAGACCAGAAAUGCCUGUCACUCUGGGGUGUUGAGUGAUUUGGUGAUCCAGAUACUUUAUACUGCCUAUUGUGCUGCAGGCUUAAGGGAAAGUUAUUGUAUGCUGGUGAAGUGAAUGCCGAUGUUCUGCUAACUAAUGCCUGGGUAUCUUUCCUUCAUAGUGUGUACAUAUUGAUGUGUUUGGGUUGUGACAUCAAAUGAGUGUCACCUAUGUUUGAAUCUCAAUUUCUGUUACAAAGGCAAAGCACAUCAUGAUGUGCUUGAAAGACUAUAAGCUCAUCACAAGGUGCCAGUGAGUUGUCAAUGAUAACUUUGCUACUGUAAGAGUGUCAUCAUUCCUAGGCCAUAAUACUGAGAGCCUUCACUCCAAGAACUGCACUCUCAAAUGUUUCAGCAUUGUAUCAUCUGCUUUCAACAGAGUGCAGUGGAAGCUAUAAGGUUUUCUAGAAUGUCCUCAGUGCUCUAAUAAUAUUCUUUUGGUAUCAUGAUUUGGAAAAGAUUCCCAUGUAAACUAAACUAAUCUCUGUGACCUUUGAAAAUUCCUAUACUGAGAGCAUAAGGUGUUGCAGUGUGAGCCUAAGAUGCCCUGGCUGUUAAUCUCACACAUGGUGAGGAAUGUUGUUGUCUUCAUUCAGGAGUGAAUCAGGUUGUGCUCAUGGGACAGUAUUGUGGUCUGGGAAAUUUGAUACAAAUGCCCAAAUAUAACCAGUCCUUAGUUCUGUCAAUCUCAAAUAUCUGACACUAACACAUUUGCAUUAUCUUUGAGGCUUUAUAGAAGACUUGACAUGCUUAGACAAGGGUCUAGUUUGGACAUCUAGCACAGUGGUGGACUGGUAGACUUGCCCUUUGUCUUGUAAAAGUGGUAUAUUUUUUUUGCAAAUGUUGAGGUGCUCCUGCAUCGUCACACUUACUGGGCUUGUUACUGACAAGGUGCUUGGACACGUUAACACUUCAGAGGAAGCACUCUUGUUGACAUUCAAGGUUUAUUUUUUAGUUUGGAAUAUUUAUUUGAAGGAUGAAUAUACAUGAAGGCAAGCAUAAGAGGUCUAUGUUCAUCUCGAGUACCUGCUUGGAAUUAUCUUAAUUUAUCCUCAAAGUUUUAUUCCACAUGUCAUUAAAUCCCUCAAGAUUAGGUCCUUUAAAAUAUUAUGUUGUGAUUACAGAUGUCAAGAAUGUCCAUUAUGAAUUAUUAAUAUGUGGAGAAGAUUAAAUUAAGAAAUGGAGAAAGCUAGCCACAGUUGCCAAGGGUGACCACAGACUCUCCUGAGAAGCCUGUCAUGUUCCUCAGCUCCUGAAGGAAGGAGUUUGGUCCAUUAGAUUAAUCACUCUCUUGUCAAGUCUGACAGACAUUGUUGGAUAAAAGUGAAUGUGUUGCUUUGGGGAACAAUGGGAACUUUUGAUACUGUGCAUGUGGUAUCUUUUGUGACCAUUACAGUUUUAUAUCAUCUGACUCAGUAUUAAGCAGGUUUUAGACGUUUUGUACAUACGGAAUCAAGAGUUAAUGAUGCAUAGGUUUUAUAUGAUUGAGUUCAGUCUCGUUCACUCAAGACCUGGAUCUCCAGCUUCCAGUCAGGACACCAGACUUGUGAACAAACUUUUGCUUGUAAACAACAUGAGUGCAAAAGUUAUCCAUAUAUUUAGUCUCUGCUCAUUUAGAUAAUGUUAACAAUAAUAAUCUCAGUUUAGUCAUACAUAGAAGAAUACAAGAAUACAGUGAAUAUGAUAUCUGUUGAUGCUUUUGGAGUAUUUCUUGUGGAGUUUUUUACUAUUCACGAGUUCAAUAAAUACAUAUCUUUUCUAUACAUAUGAAUGUAAGUGUUUUGACGUGGAGGAAAGUAAUUUUUUGAUAAGCGGCCACAUUUCCUAGCCCGUGUUGAAAUGAGAGUGAGAAAGAGGUUGAAUGUAAGAGCAUCCUUUUAUCGUUGUUGUUUUCCCCACCUGUCUACACACAUUCUGUCUUCAGUGAAAGGUUUCAUUUUAUUUCAUUUUUUACCUGUUGAAAUGUGAUGUGAGAGAAAGAGAGCAUUCUUUUAUCAUUGACCCAUAGCUGUUUUCCCCAUCUCCGUCAACACAAACUCAUUCUGUCUACACACACUUGGCUCCCCCCCCCUCUCCCCUCCAUGGUGUCUCCUUCCCCCCGCCCUCACGCUGGCGGCGGCGAGGGAGGCACAGCUGGGAGGGAGCGAGGAGGGACCGUCAUAGCCACUUUCAGAGUUGGCUCAACACACACACUUCCUGCUGUUUUAUUAUGUGUCAUGUACUGUACCAUGUUUCAUAAAGUGUAUAUAGGAAAAAAGAAGUUGUAUAUUUUCAAUAAGAAUAAUUUUA